AUGGCUCCUAAUGUCAUCCCACAGGCCCCAGCCAAGAAGGCUCCAGAGCCAGCCCCAGCCCAGAAGCCUGCAGAGGCAGAGGCGGAGGCAGAGGAGGAACACUACUGUGACAUGCUCUGCUGCAAGUUCAAGCGCAGACCCUGGAAGAUGUACCGGUUCCCCCAGAGCAUCGACCCUCUGACCAACCUCAUGUACAUCUUGUGGCUGUUCUUUGUGGUUCUUGCCUGGAACUGGAGCUGCUGGCUGAUCCCUGUGCGAUGGGCCUUCCCAUACCAGCGGCCAGACAACAUCCACCUCUGGCUGCUGAUGGAUUACCUGUGUGACUUCAUCUACCUCCUGGACAUGACCGUGUUCCAGAUGCGCCUGCAGUUUGUCAAAGGCGGGGACAUCAUUACAGACAAAAAGGAGAUGCGCAAUAACUACCUGAAGUCUCGCCGGUUUAAGAUGGACCUGCUCUGCCUGCUGCCCUUGGACUUUUUCUACUUGAAACUUGGAGUGAACCCCCUCCUUCGCCUGCCCCGCUGCUUGAAGUACAUGGCCUUCUUCGAGUUUAAUAACCGCUUGGAAGCCAUCCUCAGCAAAGCCUACGUUUACAGAGUUAUCAGGACCACCGCCUACCUGCUGUACAGCUUGCACCUCAACUCCUGUCUUUACUACUGGGCAUCGGCCUUCCAGGGUAUCGGUUCCACUCACUGGGUUUAUGAUGGUGUGGGGAACAGUUACAUCCGAUGCUACUACUGGGCUGUGAAAACGCUCAUCACCAUUGGCGGGCUGCCUGACCCCCAGACGCUCUUUGAAAUUGUCUUCCAGCUGUUGAAUUAUUUUACAGGUGUCUUCGCUUUCUCUGUGAUGAUUGGACAGAUGAGAGAUGUGGUGGGAGCCGCCACAGCAGGGCAGACCUACUACCGCAGCUGCAUGGACAGUACAGUGAAGUACAUGAACUUCUACAAGAUCCCCAGGUCUGUGCAGAACCGUGUCAAGACCUGGUAUGAGUACACCUGGCAUUCACAAGGCAUGCUGGAUGAGUCAGAGCUGAUGGUGCAGCUUCCAGACAAGAUGAGACUGGACCUGGCCAUCGAUGUAAACUACGAUAUCGUCAGCAAAGUGGCGCUCUUCCAGGGCUGUGACCGGCAGAUGAUCUUCGACAUGCUCAAGCGCCUUCGCUCAGUUGUCUACCUGCCCAAUGACUAUGUGUGCAAGAAGGGGGAGAUUGGCCGAGAGAUGUAUAUCAUCCAGGCGGGGCAGGUUCAAGUACUGGGUGGCCCAGAUGGGAAGGCCGUUCUGGUGACACUCAAAGCCGGAUCAGUGUUUGGAGAGAUAAGCUUGCUGGCUGUUGGGGGUGGGAACCGGCGCACAGCCAACGUGGUGGCCCAUGGGUUCACCAACCUCUUCAUUCUGGACAAGAAGGACUUGAAUGAAAUCUUGGUGCAUUAUCCUGAAUCUCAGAAGUUACUCCGGAAGAAGGCCAGGCGCAUGCUGAGAAACAACAACAAACCCAAGGAGCCAAAGAGUGUGCUCAUCCUGCCCCCACGUGCUGGCACCCCGAAGCUCUUCAAUGCGGCCCUCGCCGCUGCAGGAAAAAUGGGCGGCAGGGGGGCCAAGGGUGGCAAGCUCGCCCACCUGAGAGCCAGGCUCAAGGAACUGGCUGCCCUGGAGGCGGCAGCGCGACAGCAGCAGCUGCUGGAACAGGCCAAGAGCUCACAGGAAGCUGGGGGAGAGGAGGGCUCUGGAGCCACGGACCAACCUGUGGACCAAACUGCGCCCCAGGAACCCCAGGAACCCCAGAAGCCCCAGGAGACCCCGAAGUCCCAGGAGCCCUCGGGGCCCCCUGUCCCGAGCUCUCCACCGCCAGCAUCAGCCCUGGGGAAGCCCGAGGAUGGCACUGAGGAGGCGGCAGCUGGGCCCUCAGAGCCCUCAGUAAGGAUCCGUGUGAGCCCAGACCCAGAUCCAGAGGAGCAGACGCUGUCAGUGGAGAUACUGGAGAAGAAGGAGGAAGCGGAGUGA